AUGCAAUUUAAAAAAUCAGCAGUUGUUUCCUUCCUUUCUCUUUUGGGUUCCCUCUCGACAGCUUUGGCCGAUGUCAGAUUUAUUACAUCCAACGGUGUUGUGUACAGUUAUCAAGUUAGAACUUCUACUAUCAAGCCUGCUUCAACGUAUGUUGAAACUCUAUAUUAUACCACCACUGUUGUCGAGGCUGUUACACUAGAGAACAAUGUUGUGACCUCCACAACUAAGAAAGCGGUUGUGACGUCUACGGUAUCUACUACUUCGUCACUUCCCACAACUACUGAAGACUCUUCUGAGAAUGACGCUACGGAACCAAGUAAACCAACACCAGCCAGUUCCAGUCCUUCUAGCUCCCCAAGUUCAAACUCCGCCACUACAUUAUCAUUAGUAGACUCUUCUGAUGUCGAUUCUCAAGGAAAAUCUUCUGGGAAGUCAUCCGCAACCAUCACAUCUACAGCCGCUCAAGAAGAUAGUACGACGUCUUUGGUGAGUGAAACUACGGCUACUGAUGGUUACUGUGAAGUAGUCUACGAAUAUACUGAUAAUGAUGAAUAUUAUUCAACAGUUGAAAUAUCUGGCACUCAGUCAGUUGACGCGGCUACCACAUACACAAAGACUAGAACUGUCUAUACGACUGUUUCAUCUUCGUGA